AUGGCGCACCGAAUUGCUCUUUGGAAACGGUUUGUGCCCAAAUACCCUAUUUAUUGGAAGGGUAACCCACAGCUUCGAGUGUUUCUGCCCCAAUUUUGGAUGAAGUUAAUUCAUCCCAAAAGGAAAGUUCCUUCUAACCAUGUCCACUUCAUUGUACAUCCACAAAUGAGCAAAAUUGACAUAAAAAAUUACCUGGAGAAAAUCUACAAAGUCCCAGUGUUGUCUGUUGCCACACAAAUCAUUCAAGGUAAAGAAGUAAAGCACCCAGAAAAACCUUUUACUGCCUUUCGAGAAGAUGACCAUAAACUUGCUUUUGUAGUUUUGGACAAAGAUGAAACAUUUGAAUUUCCUGAUAUAUUUGAAGGGAAGGCACCAUACAGUGAGACAGAAUUAAAAGAUUAUAAAAAAAUGAGCAAUGAACAGAAAAGAGAACAACAAAAAAAUUGGGACAAAAUAAUGAUUCCUUCUUGGUUCCGAUAA